AUGGGUGUUAUCUGCUGGCUAUACCUUUGGGGGACGAUACCACCAUCGUUUCAAUUCUUUUUCCUCCUUGUCACUUUAUGGGUAUUUCAAACGCAAUGCAUGAUACAGAUCAUUAUCAACCGAACCGCCCUCCUUGUUACCGAUCAAACUCAAAUCAGAAGGACGAGAUGGGCCACCGGGAUUAUAUUCGGCCUGAUAAAUCUCUCCGUAUAUCUCAUUUGGAUCCCGGCGCGGCUAGAGAUCAACGAAACAUAUAUUAGAAUAAACGACAUCUGGGACCGAAUCGAGAAGGGCAUUUUCUGUAUGAUCGAUGUUAGCCUCAAUAUCUAUUUCAUCUACCUCGUGCGAUCGGGACUCAUUAGCAACGGACUCACCAAGUAUAUGCCACUUUUCAUCUUCAACAUCCUCAUGCUUACCUUUUCUCUAUCAUUAGAUAUUAUCUUAAUCGGCGUCAUGUCCCUUGGGCAGAUAUACUUCCAGUUUCAUCCGUUUGUGUACCUGCUUAAACUUUACAUCGAGAUGAACAUAACGGAUCUUAUCGCGAAAAUCGUCCGUGAAGACAACCGCGUGUCCUACGUAUCGAAGACGUUUGCCACGAGGGCGGGUGCUGCCCAGGCUGCGAAAUUCAACGGCACGGGCACUCUAAUUUGCUCGAGUGAAACCAGACUCGCUACAUCCAGCAACAACAUAAGAAGCAGUCAGGAGACGCAUGAGUUGGAGAAUCAAGAUAAGAAUAUUUCUAAGGUUCAUCCAGCUGUCGGUAUCCAAAAUCCUGUGGUAACGGAGGUUCAACGUUACGACGAUCUCGAACGGCAGGGAAGCAGGAUAGGUCCAUGGACCUCCAAUACACCACCUCCUCCACCCCCGUGUCUAGUCAGACAUUCAUCUAUACCCUGAUAGACACAGCAGUUUACAUUAGAGAUAUAGAUGUAAGGUAAUCAUGUCUUGGGAGUUUACGAAUAUGAGAAGGGGACCGACCCUCUAAGUACAUACGUACGGCAAGAUGACUGAUGAGAUAAUUGUUAUUUCCCGAUAAUGAUCACUGUGUUGCAAAAUAAAGAUGUUUCAUAAUGACGGUCAAAAACGACGAGUUGUGAAUUUUGAGCUUUGCGCAAUUGUGGUCAUGCUGCAUGGCAGUAUGUAUGAGAGGUAUGUUCACUCUUAGAUCCAUUCGCAACUUGAUUUCCAUCAUUAACUCCGAAUUAUCCAAUGACUAAACAGACCUCCCUAGUACUACGCGCUCCAUUUGAAAGUUGGUACUUCACUGCACAUGCGGCGUACCACCGCAUGAUUCUGACUACCAAGGUACUCAAAUAU